AAAAAAAAAAAAAAAAAGACCAGCGAUUUACAUGAAUAUCCAUCGAGUCUUUCCAUUUGCCAAAAACAGUUGUUUUACGACCCCCCAGGAUUUUUUACCUGAAAUAAAAUAACUCCGCGGAUAGUUGAUUUUGACAGUUUAAAUCCAUCUCUCUUACCCCUUGGAGAAUUCCAUAUUAUAUAUAAUGUCAACCUUGAUUCGCACCAAUUUCAGAAAAAUACUUUCCAACCCUUCCCUACACAUUGCUAAGAGACAAGCGCAUAAGAAGGCAAGCAUUCAAGUGAGGUUAAAUGACUAUGUUGAAGGCAUCGGCAUUAAAGGUGAAAUUGUUACGAUAAGACCGGGAAUGAUGCGCAAUCUGUUAUACCCCAACGGUAAAGCAUCUUAUAUUGUGAAAGGUGAUACAUCAUCCAAUGUCAGUUUAGAAAAUGAAUCAGUUACAAAGGCAGAAGCGGAAGAAGAUAUGAAUGCCAAAUUAAGGAGGAUGAUGAAGGCUUCUGCUGAAGUAGAAGAAAUAACAAAUAAGCUGAAUACAAUUCAAGAGGUGGUUUUCACCCGAGCCGUUGUACCUAACAGUGUUCAUACGUUCGGAUCAGUUACGGCAGAAGAUCUAGUGAGCAAGUUGAAGGAACAGUUUGGAUUGACGAUUGAUAGGUCAAGCAUUGAUUUCAAAUCAGAAGGUGGACGUAUAAAGUCUUUGGGCAAGCAUAAAGUCAGUGUUCAGGUCACGGGCGGACAGAUGAUUGAUAUCAGUGUCAUAGUCAAUGCUGCUGCUGCUGCUGCUUAAGAACAAAAGAGAAGUUUUUAGAAUAUGCAGAAAAUUGUCUGUAAUAUAUGUGCGCGUAUAAUAUGAAUACCUUAACAUACAUACAUACACACAUACAUCACAUACAUACAUAUUUAUUACACGCAAAGUGCAUUGUAAACAGAAUAAAUCUUAUUUUUUGCUUU